GUAAUAACCGCACCGCACUAUUUAGCACGGGGGUCUGCAAUACCGGUACCGUAGAGGACCCACAGCAACAAACAACAACACGCAAUUGAGGAAAUGGCUUGAACUGCCAAGCGCACAACCAUCGUCCCGAUACCGUACGGGAGAUCCAAACAUUGAAAGCUGCCGAAGCUUCUAUAUAGUCAGCCUUGAUCAACGCACUGGCUUUGAGUUGUGGUUCUGGUAUACCUCUGUUCAAUAAAAGUGCGGGCAUUGAUUGUCCUGCAAAACAAGCAGGUUGACAUGACUCGCGUUCGACGGUCAUCUGUGUUGCUGGCGAUAGUCCGUCUGUUCCUGUGUUUCUUCCUUGUGAAUGGUUUUGGUGGCGAGAAGCCAGCUUUCAAUGCAACUCCCUCCUCAUCCAACCACACUACCAGUAGUCUCCGACAGAAUGUCUGUGACAGAUACGAAAAACACCGUGCUGGGGAGACUGAGCUCAAGGAUGCCCUGUCAGGUCUGGCAUUGAGGCCUUCCUUCGUAGCCUUUGAGAACCCAUAUUUCAUCUACAACUCAGUGGAGGGGAUUGCCAGUACCAGUCCAGGAAUUUUGGCAGAGUUGAUGGAUGCUGUUGCCCAACGAGCCAAUUUCACCUGGCGCACCUCAUUUGGGGUCGUUGAGAGCCCCGAAGUCUACAACAUGACCUGGACGGAACUGUUGCUUUGGACUGUGGAAAACUAUGAUAUUUCCAUUGAAUGGUGGGAUCACACAGUUGAAAGAAUGGAAAACGGAGUGGCAUACACAGCUCCUUGGUACGAUUCCAGCUACAUCUUGAUUGACCAGAGACGGCACGACAGUGGCACUUAUGCCAUUAAUCUGCUCAACUGGACCAAGCCUUUUGAGCCUGCUGUGUGGGGAAUGAUUGUUUUUACAGUUUUCUUUUCUGCAAUUGUCUACCAGCUUAUUGAGCACCUUAAUGGAGAGAGAGAUGACAGAUCUUUCUACCAAUGGUUCUCUGACAAUGUAUAUCUCAGUGCCAUCAAUUUCUCCCAGAACUUUGAGUAUGCGCCAAGCAGUCUUGCAGGAAGAAUAUUUGGAGUCAGCAUGACAAUUUGGGCAUUGGUUUUGACAGCCACAUACACAGCAAAUCUUGCCUCACUUUUUGUGGAGGCAAGGGUUGAUCCAGUUUUCGAGGAUUCUAUGGAGGAAGCUGUGGUCUAUGGCUAUCCUGUUUGCACUUUUGAGAAUACCAAUUCCGACUUCCACAUCCUAGAAACAUUCCCACGGGCAAAGCGGGUGCCCCGAGUUGAUGAGAAGGCAAUGUAUGAAUCAUUGAGGAAUGGGAGAUGUGCUUUGGCAGUGACAACAAUAGACACUUGGCUCACGAAGCAGUUGGACGAAGAAUACAACCCAGACUGCAAUUUGGAGUGGGUGGGUGACAUUAUCAAGCCAAACAUGGCAGGCUUUGCUGUAAAGGCUGAUGUUGGUGACAAGUGCACAAGUUUGGUCCGCCAUGUUGUAAAUUUGCACCUUACAGCACUUAUUGAGGAAGGAUUCUUGACCGAGGCCUGGCGAAGACACAGAGAACAGGAAGACGGUGGCAUCUGUGAGUACGAGGAAGAUGAGCAAGGCCAGUGGGAUCGACGUCUUCAGUCUAGGAGAAACCAGCCGACAAUGAAACCUCGAGAUGGUGACGGACCAAGACAUCGACAACUAAAGGCUGGUGGGAGGGGAGCGGGCGGGUCAACAGCAGAAGAUGACGACAUCGAUGCAGAAACGCUGACACUUCGGCAGAUGGCUGGAACCUUCAUAAUUCAUUAUGGAGCCAUGGCUGUUGCUGUAUUGGUGAGUUUUCUGACCCACUAUGCACAGAAGAUGAAUUGGUUUCAUAGGGAGGGUCAGGUGUAUGAAAAGGUGACAAACAGGACAAAUGGACCAGUGAUUGGAAUGCCACCACGGGCCAAUACUUUUGUGGUCCGAGAUUGUAAGGAGGAAUCCGCAAGAGAUGGUGUCAAGGCGGAUUCUGCAAGCAAUGUCGAGGAAAAUUGUGACGAUAGCGAGGAAAAUUGUGACGAUAGCGAAAAUCCUCGUGCUGUGGUUCCGGCAGAGUUCAACUACGUGGAAAUGGUUGCCAAGCAAAACGCUCUGGAAGCUAAAAUUGACAGAAUGGAAAGGGCUCUGGAUACGCAGAGCUACAUGAUUCGACAGCUCCUUCACGGACCUCGUAAAGACAAGAUGGAGCACUUGGCGUGACAGGGAUGGGUUUGGAUCGAUAACUGAUUCCAUGAAUUGUUGCUAUAUGUAGAUUACUGUUUUCUUGACCAGGUGGCUGAUCUCGAUCAUCAUGCUUCCCCCUGGCGCUGUAUCGGCACGACGACACUCAUCGAUUUGGUUAUGGUUGCUCCGAGUUUGCUGCAGUUUUUUGUGUGUAUUUUUAAAAAUAAGCAGGCAUUGCUUAUAGUUAAUUUGUAUAGAUUCUAAAUUCCUUCUACCUCCUC